AUGUUUUCGGAAUCCGUCUUUGAAACAGAUUAUACCCUUAGCAAGGACCUGAUAGGUACUUCCAUCCUUACAUUUAUACUCUUUCUCAUCAUCCUUCGCACUUACUUUUACCUCCGCCACCAUCGCAAUCAACGUUUGCUCUCUGCAAGUUCAAACUCUCUUACGACUCCCACUUUCACUGAAGAACGUCUUGAUCCUACCGUUCUCAAAUCCCUUCCCAUCUUUACCUACUCUUCUUCCGCCGUCCGCGGUACUUUUCAUGAGUGUGCUAUCUGUUUGUCGGAGUAUACCGACGACGAUGAAUGUCGUAUGCUUCCAAACUGUAGCCAUGUUUUUCAUUCUCAAUGUAUUGACGGGUGGUUUACUUCUCACUCUAAUUGUCCUUUAUGUAGAGCUCCGGUCCAACCGGUGACUGUUGAGUCUCAGGUUGAACCGGGGUUUGUUUCGGGUUCAGAAGGAUCGGGUGAGGGUAGUUCGAAUUUUCCAGAACCGAUUGGGUGUCCGAGAAGGCCGUUUAGAGUAAUUGUUGAGUUUCCAACAGAGGUUUUUCGGAUGGAAUCUCAUACCCGAGGAUAACUUGUUGAGAUGCUAUGUUGAUUGAAGUGGCUUUGAUUAUUGUAUGUAAGUUUGAGUUUUUGAUAUUGUGCAAUGAAGAUAAAUGGCAUGGUUUUUGUCGCAAAAAUGUAUGUUAUUUUAGACAAUUAAAUA